AAUCAUCUGGCGAAAGUUUACCCGAUGCAGGCUGAUAGUGUAUAUUCCCAUCGGAAGUUACAUGAUACAGCAUAUAGGGCAAACCCAUCUUUCUUUCGCUGCCAACAAAGUUUCACAGAAGCAGUCUCGCAAGAGAGACUAAGAUUGAAAAGCUUCUUGAAGACAAAUUAAAUUAAUUUAUCAAAACACCUCAUCUUCUUAACUCCAACCAGAUUUUCUGUGAAAAUGGAGCAGAGAAGUUUACAUAUUGAUCCAAAGAGUGGUUUCAACUCAAUAACAAAGACCUUCCACAGCCUCAGAUCUCCCGUUCAUCUUCUUCCCGAGAACGCUUUCCUUUCUGUUCCUGAAUACGCUUUCUCUCUCAGAGCCAAAUCCCCGUGGCCUGAUAAUUCCAUUGCUUUAGUCAACUCGAUCACAGGUCAACGGAUUUCCUACUCUGAGUUCGGUCGCAGAACCAAGUCACUGGCCGCUUAUCUACAGAAAGUAACUCAGCUUUCCAAAUAUGACGUAGCAUUUGUACUCUCUCCCAACUCCAUCCAAGUGCCAAUCCUCUACUUUUCUCUCCUCUCGCUCGGUGUUAUCGUCUCUCCGGCAAAUCCAGUGGCCACCAAAUCUGAGAUCUACGGGCAAAUCCAGUUAUCUAAGCCGGUAAUAGCAUUUGCCACGUCAUCAACUGUCGACAAGCUCCCAAAACUCAAACACCAGACGAUCCUCAUCGACUCUCCCGAAUUCGAAUCAAUGAUGGUAAACUCAAAACAUGAAUUUGAGGAGGUUAAGGUGAGGCAAUCUGAUUUGGCAGCGAUCAUGUAUUCCUCUGGAACAACUGGAAAAGUUAAAGGUGUGAUGUUGACGCACAAAAAUUUAAUAGCACAAACAGUAAUAACCUCUGCAGCUUGGGAAAUGUCUGAGAAGCGAGAAUCCCCCUCAGUUAUGCUUUUCACGCCGCCAUAUUUUCAUAUUUUUGGAUUCUUCUAUAGUAUUCGAUCGGUGGCUUUGAGUGAAAAAGUGGUGGUGAUGGAGAGGUUUGACCUGAAGAAUAUGUUGAAAGCUGUGCAGGAGUUUAGUGUUACACACGUGGCAUUGACCCCGCCAGUAGUGGUGACUCUGUCGAAAGAUGGAUCCACCGACGGCUACGAUUUGAGAUCUCUUAAAACUGUACUGUGCGGCGCGGCUCCCCUUGGGAAGGAAGCAAUCGCCGCAUUUACAGCGAGAUUUCCGAAAGUCAUGUUGGUGCAGGGCUACGGGUUGACGGAAACGACGGCGUCAGUUGCUCGGACUGUAGGUCCAGAAGAAAAUAGGAACCGGGGCUCAACAGGGAAGCUUUCCCCGGGUUUUGAGGCAAAAAUCGUGGACCCUGAAACAACUGAAGCAUUGCCUCCGUGCAAAGAAGGGGAACUUUGGAUUAGAGGACCUACAAUAAUGAAAGGAUACGUUGGAGACCCAGAAGCAACUUCGGCUACAUUGGUAUCUGAUGGGUGGAUGAGGACCGGAGACUUGUGCUACUUUGAUAACAACGGUUUCCUUUUUAUUGUGGAUAGACUCAAAGAAUUAAUCAAAUAUAAAGGAUAUCAGGUGGCUCCGGCGGAACUAGAACAAGUGCUUAUUUCCCACCCCCAUGUGGCUGACGCAGCGGUUAUACCGUAUCCAGAUAAAGAAACUGGUCAAGUUCCGAUGGCUUUUGUGGUGAGACAGCCCCAGAGCUCUAUCAGUGAGGCCGAAAUCAUGGAUUUUGUGGCGGAGCAGGUAGCGCCAUACAAGAAGAUAAGGCGUGUUGCAUUUAUCAAUUCUAUACCCAAAAGUGCAGCUGGCAAAAUAUUAAGAAAAGAGCUAAUCAGGAAGGUCGUUGUUGUUCCACCAGGGAGUUCAUCCAGGUUGUAAAUGUAAAGAAGACUGAUGAUUCACCUAAAAUAUUUUAUCAUGAAAACUUAUUACUCCAUUUUUCUCGAUAAAACUUUCAUUUAAAGCCAUAUCUCUGUGGUCUGUGCCAUUGCCUCACGACUCCUUGGCGUUAAACAGUUGUGAAAUGGAAUGACUUGGUUGCAUUGAUUCUA